AUGCAAGUUUUUGAUCCUUCUGAUCUCCUUGAUCUUUUCGGGGAACCAGUGAGAGACCGGAUAGUCGAAAGAUACGAGGAUCCCUUCGACGACUAUCUCAAGAGCGAGUUAUGGGACGCCAAACUAUUUCGAAUCUUCAUGUUAUCAGAUAAAGACCCCUCGAAAGUCCAUUUCUUGGAACGGGCCACUUGCGGAGACGGCGUCUUCAUCUGGGUCUUUACUAUGCCCAAGUGGCGCUUUCAAACAUCGUCUGACGGCCGCCUCAAUCUCACUGGUACCUGUAUUUAUACGCCCAAGGCUGAAGACUCAAUCAAUCGCAUAACAAAACAUUAUGAGGAAUCCGAUAGUUAUACUGAGAUUGAAGGUACCCCUGAUGGCAUUAGGGCUUGGCAUAAGGAAGGAAUGUUCCCGAGAAUACGGCGGUAUGUCGAGCUCGGCUUAGAAGCAGAGUUGUGA